AUGCGCGUCCGCUGGAUCGAAGGCGCCGGCGAGCAGUUCAACCAGAUGGGCUUCAAGGUGGCGGUCAACCCGAUGAACGAAGUGGUGAUGAACGAAACCCUGACCGUGCCCGGGUUGUACGAGAUGCGCGGCAACAGUUCGUUCCUGUGGGGCGGCUGGAGCGACCAGGCGGGCUUCGAGUCCACGCUGCGCAACGGCGGCGGGCUGUUCCCGGAGAACGACGGCGACCCCAACCCGAUGCUGCCACGCACCGGGUCGACGGAGCUGUUCGACUGGCAGAUCGAUGGCAUGAAGAUCCGUGACGCCUACGUCGCCGGCGACCUGGAUCUGGAGACGGCGAUGGAUCAGUUCGUCGCCUGGGGCGCGGCAAACGCGCCGCGGCAGGCGUUCGCCCGCGGCGGCGUGACCGAGACCGUGGUCGGCGACAACGCGCUCGGCAACGUUCCGUACUUCUACGUGCCGGAGCUCAAGAGCGGCGGCAUCAUGCGGCAGAGCUGGGAUCAAUACAUAGCGAUGCGCAUGUGGCAGUGGUUCGAAAAAUAG